AUGUAUGAUAUAUGUAAGCUUGUUCGUGAAAAACUAACAGCAGUUGAUGAAAGGGGUCUUCCUCAACUUUCUACUGAUGUUAGAUGGCACAUUAUUGGCAUGCAAGAAGCUGGAAUGUCGUUCAGACAGAUUGCCCGACGCGUCGGCUACCACCAUUCAACCAUCAGCAGAAUUUUAAUUAAACAUCAAAAUACUAAUUCUGUUAAUGACCUUCCCAGAUCUGGCAGUCCUUCAGUAACUUCCGAUAGUGAAAACAGAGCUCCAAGCCGAGGUGCACUAGAUUGUGAACUUGGAUGGGAGAUACGAAGAGGGAGAUGUUAUCGCCGUAUUGGAAGUUCAUCACAUACAAAUGGUGCACAGUUGUGCAAUGAUGUAAAUGCUGUACUUAUUACUCCGAAGACUGCCGAAGAAAAUUCUACUGCAGUUGAGCUAUUACAGCUUUGGGGCUUACAGAGAAUGUGGAUUGGCUUAUCAAAUACAAACGAAAACAAUGAAUACAAAUGGGAUGACGGCACAAGGCUUAUCGAUACUGGUUAUACAAGCUGGAGACCAGGAGAACCAAAUGGUGGUGAUGAACCAAUGUGUGUGGAAGCUCAUAUGACAGGAUGGAAUGAUAACCCCUGUCAUAGAUCAUUCCCAGUUGUAUGCCAGCAAGUUGAGGGUAUUUCAGAUAUAGUAUAG